CAUCAAUCCUGACUGAGCUGCGUGUGGAGCUGGAUUCACAAGGAAGGCUUUUCUUUAGGAGAACUAUGCUGUUGUUUGGUCCUUGACUCGAUGAAUUAGUUCUUGGUCAGAUCACUAAGAAUACGCGAUCAUUAACUUUGCAAUCGGUUAUGUAACUCGCUGGAAAGCAAGUCGGGUUGGUGGAGCGCCUGACGUUGGAUCGUGACGACGUGAGAAAUGUGAGCAUCACCAGGCGCUCCGAUCCCCAUCAGCGAUGGAAGAAGACUCCACAAAACGAGUCAUUUUCCUCCAGCGUAUCUGAGGUGAUGCUGCAGGGAGGGAAACCUCCUCCCCCUCCUCCUCCAUCUCUGUGCGCCUCUGUGAGAUCGGGAUACAUUUUCUCUCAUCUGGCUCAGUGCUUGAAAUGAGCCUGUUCUGACAACAGGAGGAGGAACCGCACUGCUGGAGGUAACGCUGCGCGAGCAUGGCAGGCGCCAAACUGACACCCUCACCCUCCGAGAUCGACCCAGACGUCAAGACCGACGUGCAAACUCCCCCAGAGCCCACCUGGGUCCAUCCCUCCAACCCUAUCGGGAGCAUGGGCUCUAUAGGGAGCGAUGUCGGCCAAAGGUAUCAAGAGGAGUACAGUAUGGACUCAACCAAUGCCCAGGUGCAGGUAGAGUUCUAUGUCAAUGAAAACACAUUCAAGGAGAGGCUGAAGCUUUUCUUCAUCAAAAACCAAAGGUCAAGCCUAAGAAUUCGAUUGUUCAACUUUGCAUUGAAGAUUCUCACCUGUGUCCUCUACAUUGUGAGAGUCAGCCUGGAUAACCCCACGGAAUACAACAGUGAUCAAUUUCCAUGUCGAAAUGACAGUUCCCUAAAUGCUACAGAGACUACAGAAAUCAAAUGGUGCCUAAUUUUCUGGGUGAGCAGACGGGAACCUGUGUGGGCUAUACAGGUGACAGUGGCCUUAAUCGGUUUCUUGGAGACUAUGCUUAUCACAUAUCUCAGCUACAAGGGGAACAUUUGGGAGCAGAUCUUCCAGAUAUCCUUCAUAUUGGAGAUGAUUAAUACAGUACCAUUUAUUAUCACAAUCUUCUGGGCUCGAAUAAGAGACAUAUUUGUUCCUGUAUUUCUUAAUUGCUGGCUUGCCAAAGCUGCGCUGGAAAAUAUGAUUAAUGACUUCCAUCGUGCCAUUCAGAGGACGCACUCCGCAAUGUUCAACCAGGUGGUCAUUCUCAUCUGCACCUUACUGUGUCUGGUGUUCACAGGAGCUUGUGGAAUUCAGCACCUUGAGAGAGCUGGAAAGCACUUAUCCCUGUUUGACUCCUUUUAUUUCUGCAUCGUCACCUUCUCCACUGUGGGCUAUGGGGAUGUCACUCCCCAGAUCUGGCCAUCACAGCUAUUGGUGGUAAUUCUCAUCUGCGUUGCACUGGUAGUCCUUCCGCUCCAGUUUGAAGAACUAGCAUACCUGUGGAUGGAGAGCCAGAAGCUGGGGGGGAACUACAGCCGUCACCGGGCACAGACUGAGAAACAUGUUGUGUUAUGUGUCAGCUCACUCAAGAUCGACCUGCUGAUGGAUUUUCUCAAUGAAUUCUACGCUCAUCCUCGGCUGCAGGACUAUUACGUGGUGAUCCUUUGCCCUACAGAAAUAGACAUUCAGGUUCGACGCAUCCUGCAGAUUCCUCUGUGGUCUCAGCGUGUCAUCUACCUGCAAGGAUCUGCUCUCAAAGACCAGGAUCUGAUGAGGGCCAAGAUGGAUGAUGCUGAGGCGUGCUUCAUCCUGAGCAGCCGCAAUGAAGCCGACCGAACAGCUGCUGAUCACCAGACUAUUUUGAGGGCUUGGGCUGCAAAAGACUUUGCUCCCAACUGUCCUCUAUACGUACAGAUACUCAAACCGGAAAAUAAGUUUCAUGUCAAAUUUGCCGAUCACGUUGUAUGUGAAGAAGAGUUCAAGUACGCCAUGUUGGCACUCAACUGCGUGUGUCCAGCCACAUCCACCUUAGUGACUCUGUUGGUUCACACCUCCAGAGGACAGGAGGGGCAGACAUCGCCAGAGCAGUGGCAGAGGACUUACGGACGCUGCUCUGGGAACGAGGUCUACCACAUCCGUCUAGGUGACAGCAAGUUCUUUGGAGAGUAUGAUGGAAAGAGCUUCACUUAUGCCUCCUUUCAUGCCCACAAGAAGUAUGGAGUGUGUUUGAUCGGAGUGAAGAGGGAAGACAACAAAAGCAUCCUCCUGAAUCCUGGACCACGUCACAUCAUGGCUGCUACAGACACCUGUUACUAUAUCAACAUCACCAAGGAGGAAAACUCUGCCUUCAUCUUCAAACAGGAGGAGAAUCAUGCCAAGGGUCUGACUGUCUCUGGUCUCUAUGACGCCCCCUCCAGGCUUCCCGUUCACAGCAUCAUAGCCAGCAUGGUUGAUCAGGCAACCUCAUAUGGGACUGUAGCGAUAGAUCUCCAGCACCCCGAUCCUCCUGGGGAAAGUGGAAAACUGACUCUACCUACUGAGAACGGGGCCGGAAGUCGAAGGCCAAGCAUUGCACCCGUCCUGGAAAUUGCUGACUCCUCCGCAAUUUUGCCCUGCGACCUCCUUAGCGACCAGUCGGAGGAUGAAACCAACCAAUCAGAUGAGGAGGGUUCUGUAGGGUCAGAGUUUGUGAAGGGUUACCCUCCAAACUCUCCCUACAUCGGCAGCUCUCCGACUCUGUGCCACCUCCUUCCACAGAAAGCUCCACCCUGCUGCCUUUGCCUCAAUAAGGGCUGCAAACAUAAUAGCUUUGAGGAUGCUAAGUCUUAUGGCUUCAAGAAUAAGCUGAUUAUAGUGUCUGCAGAGAUGGCAGGAAAUGGGCUCUACAACUUCAUAGUUCCCCUGCGAGCUUAUUAUCGGCCCAGAAAGGAGCUCAACCCAAUAGUUCUGCUCCUGGACAAUGAACCUGAUAACCACUUUUUAGAGGCUAUCUGCUGCUUUCCAAUGGUUUACUUCAUGGUUGGAACUAUUGAUAAUUUGGACAACCUGCUCCAGUGCGGUAUAAUCUAUGCUGAUAACCUGGUUGUUGUGGACAAAGAAAGCACCAUGAGUGCUGAGGAAGACUACAUGGCAGACGCCAAGACUAUUGUCAACGUCCAGACAAUGUUCAGAUUGUUCCCCAGUCUAAGCAUCAUCACAGAGCUCACACACCCAUCUAACAUGCGGUUCAUGCAGUUCAGAGCAAAGGACUGCUACUCGCUCGCUCUGUCUAAACUGGAGAAGAUUGAGAGAGAUAAGGGCUCCAACCUGGCCUUCAUGUUCCGGCUGCCAUUCGCUGCCGGCCGGGUGUUCAGUAUCAGCAUGCUCGACACGCUGCUAUACCAGUCAUUUGUUAAGGACUACAUGAUCGCUAUUAUAAGACUUCUCCUUGGCCUGGACACCACACCCGGCUCUGGUUACCUGUGUGUUAUGAAGAUCACAGAGGAGGACUUGUGGAUCAGAACUUAUGGGCGGCUUUUCCAGAAAUUUUGUUCUUCCAGUGCAGAGAUUCCCAUCGGCAUCUAUCGCACUGAGUCCCACAUGUUCUCAACGUCGGAGAGGAAGGACAGUAAUGCACAGUCUCAGGUGUCCAUCAACGCAGAGCAUGGAGAGGAGCACCGGGACCGAGGAGAGUCCUGGAAAGAGAAGACAGCUCACAGAAACUCCACCACCAGUGACCAAUCAGAGCAUCCGCUGCUGAGGAAAAAGAGCAUGCAGUGGGCUCGACGGCUGAGCAGGAAGAGCACCAAACCGCCAAGCAGAGCAGAGCGCAUUUCGCAGCAGAGACUCAAUCUGUAUCGGCGCUCUGAGAGGCAGGAGCUGUCCGAGCUGGUCAAAAACCGCAUGAAGCAUCUAGGGCUUCCAGUUGUGGGAUACGAGGAUGUUUCUAAUCUCACUGCGAGCGAUGUCAUGAAUCGAGUAAAUCUAGGAUAUUUGCAAGAGUUGCAGGAUAUUUCAGAGCAGCCGUAUACAGAGGGGACAAGGCCGUCAGGGCCACAAGCAGACGAGAUGAACGACCACCAGAACACGCUGUCCUACGUCCUCAUCAAUCCACCUCCUGACACCAUGCUGGAGCUCCAUGACAUCGUGUACAUUAUUCGCUCGGACCCACUGGCACACAUGCCGGAGGACUCACAGAUGGGACACAGUCGAAACACCAAAAACCAACAUGACUUUGGCACAGAGACAAAAAAUGAGACUCACCUUUAAAUAAUCUGUUCCACGAGCUACCAACAGAGCGGGAAUAAGUUGCACAGAUGAAGGUCUAACAUGGGCGGCGGUCAAAGUGAAUGUCCAUUAGGUGUCUCUCAGCCUCAGACCAGAGUUUUAACACAUAAAAAAAAAAUAAAAAUAAAAACAGCCCUGUGAGACCAACCACAGAGUUGAUAUAGGAGAAUGCAUGAAGAGUGCCUAGUCAACACAAUCACCGAUCUGUUAGAAACAUUCCCUUCACUAAACUCUCUGGCAAAAGAGAAUGUGAAAGCAGCUUCCUCCACAGAGUCUGAGAGCAGGGAUCAGCAGCGUUAUUAGAUCUAAUCGAAUGGUUAAGGUUGGUUCCUUUGCAGGUGUAUAAAAGUGAAUCACCGCAUCAAUCAAUGUUUUAGCUCAGAGGAGAAGCUACCCUUGUGCCAAUGUUUAGGCUGACUGCCUCUCCGCCUGGUUCUGCUUAUAUUUUGAAACUACCCCUUCACCUCAAACACAAAUCAAACACCAUGCUUUGUUUUUAAAGAGCUGAUUUUCUUCUGUUAUUAUGACCCUUCAAUUUAUUCUUGGACUAUAACAGGCAUUUUUUUCCUCACAAGCACAUUUUUAACUGUCAGUAUGCGAUUGCACAAGUGGGCAACUUUCUUAGCCAAGUUAGCAUUUGUUUCAUCUUUAUUUUUUCCCUUCGGUCAAAAAAAUGAAAUAUCAAGUGAUCCUCUUGUUUGGAUUCAUGUGUGCUCCACAUUCUGUGCCAUGUUGUUUACUCUUAUUUAUUUGUAAAUAUUGUUAUUAUCGUGUCAUGUAUUAAUUUGUGUGACUUUUUUUUUUAUCAUUUUCAGACCUGUUUGCUACAUAUGCUGCUACCUUGCACAAAGUAAACUUGCAGAAGGAAGAUCAUGUAGAAAAUAGCUGUGUAUUUUCACAGAGGUUAAUAUAUGAUUCACGUUACCUGAUCUGUAUUAAAAUCAACUAAGUCUUGAUUAUAACACCAGCUGCAGUUUGACCCUAAGUAUUUAUUUAAAAUUAGCUUAUUCUGAAUACUAAAUGCAUUAUCUUCAAAUUUUAUUCAAAAUUUAUAUUUUUAUUCCAUCUGUUUUCUUUCUCAAUCCAUGGGAUGCCUGAAGAUAAAUUAACAUUUUCCUUUAAUUUUUUUAAAUAUAUUUGCUGCCUCUUAAAUGUGGCUCUAAAAUUAGCAAACUGUUUGCUUAGUUUAGUGUAAAGGCUCCACUAUUUAGUGUUAACCAUAUAUUUGUAACAUUUCUGCUAAGCUAAUCGAUCUAGUUGAUGGUUAAUGCUUAGCAGAUGCAGUGCUGUGAAAAAGUAGGUUCAUCCUCAGGAUUUGUCAGUUUUUUUUCUUUUUGUUAUACUUGCAGCACUGUCACUGCUGGGGAUCAGAAACCAUAGAAAUAGCUUUAACACCCACUCCAGUGGCUGAUUUUCUCAGCCUUUCUUACAUUAUGUUAGAAAGAUCUGUGCUGCUGUUUGUAAACUUCAACCCUACUUAAAAUAUAUUCUUGAUUCUACAAGUCAGACAGCAACCAAUCUAGAGAAUUUAUUAAACGGUGUAGUUAUUGCUCUGUUUGUUUUUUCUAGUAUAUUAAGAUGUCUGAAAGGGGCCAAAUACUUUUUCCCAGCACUGUAAGCCACACAGAAUGAUCACAUUACAACUGUAGCCAUGAAAUAUCAUAAAUAACUUUGUUUAUUCUUUAUAUUUGUUUGCCUUUUUGAGUUCUGAUUUGAUAAAAACAUGUCAGCCAGGGUCAAUUUGAUAGCGAAUGGAUAGCACACAUUAAAAUGCCUUUUAAGUUCUGCUCAGCAGGAUGUUUUGCACAGGAAUUUAAAAACAUCAUCCAGAAUUUACCUCUUCUCAUUUAUUUUACAGAUGUAUUUAUAAAAUGAAGUGCUUUGGUUUGAAUUGUUAAGGCCUCACUUUGUGUACGUUUCAGUAUUAAUUCCUGAGCCAUUUUUUUUCAUCUGUAUCUUGGUUUUAUUCACUGUAAAUAUGAACUGUAUACACGGUUUUGUUCCUAUGAAAAGUGAAAAGGGACUUGAAAUAUUUUUGCACUAAGCUCUGCGGCGACAUGUGGGGCCUAACAGCUUGACCCUUUAAUUUGAAUCUGUAGAACAUGGAAAAUAUGAAUCUGCGAAGCAAAGACUCAUCAUGCAUUCAUUCAUGAUUUAGGCUGCAGAUGUUUGCAGAUUUUCAUUUUGGGUAUGCUGUUUUAUUUCUCAUCUGAAAUGAUCUUGGAAGUAAUAGAUGAGGGAUUGCUUAGAUUUUCUUUUCUUCAAAUGGUCCAAAAAAAUGUUGGCAGAGUAAGAAGCAAUGGUUUACAGGCAGUAAAUGAGUGUCUGUGAUAGAGGAUGAUAUCAGUGUACAGAUUGACUUAUGAAACACCUACUGUACCAGGAUCCUCACUCCAAACUCUGACAGUUCUAAAAAAAAAA